AUGGCGGCGAUCACAGAUGCUGACAAAACUACCUUUGAUGAUGAUGACUGGACCAUUUCUGAUCAAAUAGCACAAGCAAAUGAAGGUUCCCCUGUUUUUCUUAGCAAUAGUGACAUCGGAUUGAAGAACCAACGCAGUGCAUUGAUAUGUGCCUCCUGUCAGUGGAGAAAAUCAAAUCAAGGAAUCGCUAUAGUCCCCUACGUCAUCUCUUCUAAUUAUACUGAUACAAGUAGAGAUUUUAUUACAUCUGCCAUGCUAGAGUUUACAACAAUGACCUGUGUGCACUUCCAAAACAGGACCACAGAGCCCAAUUACCUCAGUUUUGAAGAUAAAGGAGGUUGCUGGUCCUCUAUUGGGAAGGUGAAUGGCAGACAGACGGUGAGCAUUGAGGAAGACUCCUGUAUGAACUAUGGUGUAAUCCAACAUGAAAUUAUGCACUCACUGGGUUUCGAUCACGAACACAUCAGAACCGACAGAGACAAUUAUGUGGCCAUCAACUGGCAGUAUAUCUCAAAAGGUAAGUGAAUUGAUCAGAUAAUAUUAUGAUAU